UCACACUCUCAGAUCUCAGAGCCAAAACAAAAAAAAAAAGGCUCUCAAAGGAAAAAAAAAAGAGAAUACAUUCUCCAAAAGAGAGAGCUUUAGAGUCCUUCAACAAUGGUGGAGGCUCAGUCAUGGACGACACGGCGGAUGAGCAACCCUAGAUUCGACCCUUCCUCCACCAUCACCGCCGCCGGCGGAGCAACAACCACCUCCUCCGCCUCCGUCGUCGAUAUACCGUCAACCCCGCCUCACUCCGCCGCAUCCGGGAAAGGGUUCUCCGUCGUGUCUCCGUCGAUCUUGACGGCGGUGAUAAUCGCCGGGUGGUUCGGUUCGAACAUAGGUGUCCUCCUCCUGAACAAGUACCUCCUCGCUUACUACGGAUUCAGAUACCCAAUCUUCCUCACGAUGAUCCACAUGCUCUCCUGCGCCGCCUACAGCUCCGCCGCAAUCAACCUGGCCGGGAUAGUGCCACGUCAGCACAUCCUCUCCCGCCGGCAGUUCCUGAAGAUUCUCGCCCUCUCCGCCAUCUUCUGCUUCUCCGUCGUGUGCGGCAACACGUCCCUCAGGUACAUCCCCGUCUCCUUCAACCAAGCGAUCGGUGCAACGACGCCGUUUUUCACCGCCGUGUUCGCCUUCGUCAUCACCUGCAAAAAAGAAUCCGGCGAAGUCUACUUGGCUCUGGUUCCUGUCGUUCUGGGGAUUGUCUUGGCUUCGAACAGCGAACCCAGUUUCCAUUCCUUCGGAUUCAUCGUAUGUGUCGGAUCCACAGCAGGGAGAGCUCUGAAAUCAGUGAUUCAGGGGAUUCUUCUAGCUUCCGAAUCCGAGAAGCUUCACUCCAUGAAUCUCCUCCUCUACAUGGCUCCAAUGGCGGCUUGUAUUCUGUUGCCGUUCACUCUCUACAUCGAAGGCAACGUCCUUAGGGUUCUGAUCGAGAAAGCUCGGACAGAUACGUUCAUCGUGUUCCUACUUGUCGGAAACGCGACAGUGGCGUAUCUGGUGAAUUUGACCAACUUCUUGGUGACGAAGCACACGAGUGCUCUGACAUUGCAGGUCCUCGGCAACGGCAAGGCGGCGGUGGCCGCCGGAGUUUCGGUUCUGAUUUUCAGAAAUCCGGUGACGGCGAUGGGAAUCACCGGAUUCGCCGUCACCAUUAUGGGAGUGGUUCUCUAUAGCGAAGCUAAGAAGAGAUCCAAAUUGGCUAACCAGAAGUGACGAGGAAGAGGAGGAAGAAGAAGAUUGGAUUAAACCGGUUAAGUGGUUAUUUCCGGUUUAGUGUUCCGAUUCUUUGUAAUUCUGCAAUUACUGUGGUCCGGUCCGGUCCGGUCCGGUUUGGUAAACCCGUGGAAUUGGGGGUUAUAGUCACAGAGGUGGUUUUGUUUCAAUUGUAUUAUAUGGUGAGAUUGAGGGAAAUUAUAUAUAUUAUAUAUAACAAAGGUGGAAAAGUAGGGGCAGAAUUUAAAAGAA